AUGGGCAAGCGCAAGGCCGCAGACACGAGCGACGAAGAUCCAGAAGCAGCGUUCUCCGACGGAUCAGAUGCUUCGGAACGACCUCUCAAGCAGUUGAAGAAAACAAGCAAGCCCGCUCAAAAGCGAAAGUCCAAGGCAGCUUCAGAUGACGAGGAAGUGCGGCCGAGUAGAAGAAGUCCCAACCAAACUGCCAAGAAACCGUCGUUCAAAGAGGCUACUCCAGAGGAAAGCGCGGAAGAAUCCGAAGUCACCGUGAAGGCGAACAACGAGGGGACAAUUGUGACCGGCAUUGUCACAUCUGCGUCUCCAUCAGGUAAACCGCUCUUGGAUAUCAGGGAGUACUACGGACAAGAGGGCGACGAGGCUCCCGGAAAGAAAGGUAUGCGCUCAAUCAAGACGAGGUGCGCAUCGUCCUCCCUCUCCUCUCUCAGUGCGCCCGCUAACGACAUCCAGUGGGAGAAACUGAAGCAGAACGCGUCCGCUAUCGACGCGCUCUUCAAGAAAGUCCGAAAGUGA